AUGAGAUUCCUCAACGUCAGGACCUUGAAACUACAUAGUUUUGAUGAGGCCUCUGUAUACCCGCCUUACGCGAUCCUCUCUCAUCGCUGGUAUUCAUCGGAACUUGAGCUGACCUUCAAAGACUUUGAAGAUCUAAGUCAGCACACUUCGAAACCCGGAUACUCCAAGAUAGUCAGCGCCUGUCAAGCGGCUGUUGCUCAAGGCUACGAAUGGCUCUGGGCGGACAACGUCUGCAUCAAUGGGGAAGACACUGUUGAGAAGGAAGAGACCGUGGAAACCCUUCACUCAAUGUUUUCGAAAGCAAGAGUUUGGCUUCUAUAUCUAAGCGAAAUACCCAAUGCAAAUAUCAAGGAUGACUAUAAAGAAAUAUUAUCUUUAUAUAUCCGAAAGAGUCGGUGGACGAGUCGAGCAUGGACUUAUCAAGAGUUGAUUCAAUCGCCCAAGUCGGUAUUUUAUGCCGCCGAUUGGUCUCAACUGGACCCAGAGUUUCAGGCCGAUUUCAACACCAAUAUACUUGGAGUCAAUCAACACUACGAGUCCAAAGACGACAAAAAGAAGUCCCAUUUUCCGUUAGAAGGGCCGACAGGGGCUGGGUCACUAAGCUCGUUCCCGUCCUUGAGCUCUGCUCAAAGCGUCGAUGAGGAGGACUCCUCAGUCUUUGAAGACCACAACCAACCUCCCCGUAGCCCCUACAGGCAGAAAAUAGAGAAUGCAUUAUUCAGAUUCAGCAAGAUGAUUGGUACCCCAGCGCAAGAUUCUCUCACUGAACCGAAAGUCAAACGAGUAGAUCAUGUUGAUCUACCAAUGAUACCAGGGGAGCAGUAUCGGGGACUAGGUGUAUCAGCAGUUGAGAUUGAGAGAGACCAACAAAAGGGGAUAACUGUCUUCGAUGUAUACAGAGGUCUCAGGGAUCGAAAAGCACAGAGUCAAAGCGGUAUCCGUAUCCUGAUUCUUGACAACGACCAUGCCGUGGGAAGUGCACUAUCAUGGCUGCUAAAGCGUUUUAUCACGGCCCAAGUCACUGUUGACAGUGAGUACGUGGUGAACUUAAAGGAGUCAGUUUAUGACAUAGUCUUCGCUCGUGGGAAGGGAGCUCCGCUGCUCUACAUGCCGCCAAAUUACUGUCACCGAGGGGCCGUUCGAAUACUAAAGAAAUGCCUUACUAUACCGCUUCCACCCUCUUCUGGUCCAGCAACGGUUUCAUUCGAUAUAUAUGGAGAAUACCAGGUCAUCUGCGAGUCGCAGAAGCAGGGGUACCUUACGGACCUUACAUCAGCAGUACUUGGAGUUGAGACGGUCUACGAGGAUGACUUCACGUUGAUGUUUGGCGUCGCAUUUUCCGAUGGCUCUGUCCAUUGGCCACAAAUGUCUCUCUCAGAUCUCGCUUCUCACAACUCCCUCGGGGAGCCUGUAGCGCAAGAUCAGCUAUUGGGUCAUCCAACUACUAAUCUUGAGACUUCGAGUCUCUUUGAUAAUCAGCAGGCCAUGGACGACCUCCCAGAAAUCUACCUCCCUCUCGAACGCGGUGGUAUUAACCCCCAGAGCCCUUACUAUUCUGAUAGUGUGCAAAGUGAGGUCAUCACCAAUAGCCCAUGUUCAUCAACCUUUGACCUCACAGUCCAGAGUCAUGAGACACGUCCAUCGACCGUUCCCACUUCUCUACCGCAUAAGCCAAAGGGGGCCUUGGACUCUCCGCAGACAACAGAAUACCAAACGGAGGAACAGGGAAGUAUAUCAUCGAGUCAUCACAGAGAAGAACAGAACCAGUGGUCUUCUGGCAAGCCUGAAGAUAAUCGCGCUGGAUGCGAUACAGCUACAACGUAUUCUUUUGAUACGCUCUCCAAUGACCCUAAAUUUGUAUACUUCCAGGCUUUCAUAGAUCAACUCGCUGAGGAUGUAAAAGCGGCUACUGACGGAACAAUUCUCCAAAACGUUGGGCAAGUGUUUCUCGACCAAACACUCCGAGACUUUGCGUGGAAGCUGCAUGAGGAGUCAAUUAACCCAUUUCAACUUGAGACUUCUGUCAUAAUCCACAGAAAGAGAAGGAAUAUUGUUGACCUCCUUGACUUCCAAGUUCCCGCACUUGAAGAAGCUAAGAGCGUGUCUGGUCAGAGUCUCGAGGACUCGGAGGCAGAGAAUGAAGAAGAAGCUUCCAAGGUCCCUUUCAAAAGGGCCGAAGAAAUGAUCGUGGGCUGGAUAGAUGACGUCAAAUCUGGAGAACCCAGCGAACUUUCACAGAUGCCCCAGUACAGACAAUUUAUCCAGGGAUCUGAGGCUUACCGAUGGCUUUUGACAAAGAUCAGCCAGCAGAGUCGGCUAUCUUGCGAGGAGCCUAGCCUGAUGGACAAGAUUGGCAACACGAUCAGAGAAAAGUUGAAAGAAUGCAUUCCGCACCACAAAAUGAGCAGAAAGAAAGCAUCCAUUGGGUUCGAAAUGGCAUAUUCUGUGACAUUGGAUGUUAUCGGUAUAAUGAACCGAUCCGGGAUUUCCUCCUCCUUUGACAAAGCCUUGCCCAACAUCCUUUGCUUUACAGGCAAAUUGGAGGAAGCGCAAGCCACGAGUGUUGCAGAAUAUAUGAACCAAACAUGGCCGCAGUCUGGCGAUGCCACUAUGUCCCUGCUACAAGACCUAUUAUCAGACCAAGAAAGGUUUUUGACAGUGUCGACCUGGCCUGAAACCACUCGCCGGAGGGUUUCCAAUACUUGUCUUCUGGAGGGUACCAUGAACCAAGGCCAUAACAGGGAUGUUCGAUACAAAAUCCGGGUCAGAGGCGGCUACUACGCUGUUUCUGAGGUAGGUGAACAGAUUGCUUGGUUGGCUUCGGUCUUUCAAGUACACAAGCACGCCGGUUUUAGAUCGAUCAUGCCACAUGUCACCGAUUUCUCCGCCACAGCCUCCAAGAACAACAGUGGGACCAUCAACAGCGUCAAGGGAAAGUGCUCCUUUUCUUUCUCCACUCUCUCCGGACCCGCUUAUAACCAAAGCCAAGGCUUCUGCUGGGAACGGCUAUUUGGCUCUCUGAGCAUUAUACGUGGCUUCCCAACACUACGACGUUCAGUGCCGAAGUCUGGCCUCGAGGUGUCUUUGCGAUAUGCAGCGUCGAUAGUGGGAUCUUCCGAGGUUGUCCAGUGGGACAAGAGACUGGUAAUAAAAGGGUUCAAUAUGUUGAUUGUCACUACACAAGUCACGGCCGAUGUCGUGGUAUGGCAUCUCCUCGUCAGUGAAAGACCUGAGGAGAGGAUCUCAUACGUGGACCCGAGACUUGACCAUAUUGAUAUCAGAUCUUCUGAAGAAAUGUCCCUUCGGCACAUUGAAGGCAAACGCCACAUUAUUGGAUGGUGUACCAAAGCAACAGACCUGUGCGGACAUUCUACUGCUAAUCUCGAGAUCAAGCCUGGCGGUCUACUGAAGACAUCGGCAUCCAUUGUUGUAGACAAGCUAUACAUAGAAGGCGGAAGUCCUGUUACUGUUGGUCUCAUGCUCGACUUUAACAAAAAGGAGAAGCCCUUCUGGCUCCAAAGAGAGCAAGACUACCCGAGUCUACUUAACUGGGUCAAACUCCAACCGGUCGUUUUCUACGAUGUGGAAGAACGUCGUGCAUGGCUUGUCGACGGUGCUUCUGCCCUGCUCCAUCUCGUCCGCAUUUCACUUCACAGAGACAUCAAUGACCCCGAAUCAGUCUACGACUGGGUCUAUGAUCCCAGUAAGCUUAAAGACCACUGGCCGGGUGUUGGAAGUCGCCAAGCGGCACUUCAGACUUUAAAGAAUUGGGAAAACAGGGCAUUGAAUGUUUACAUUGUUAACAAGCACAUGAACUCGAUGAAUGUCCCUGUUACCAAGUAUUCGACCUUCGAAGAGCGGGUAAAGAGAAUUCUUCACUCGAUAGAGGUGUUGGUUGAUCGACAAGCCCAGGCGGCAUCUCAAGAUGGUAUCAAGAUCUCUCAGACAUUGGACCCGCGUCGCGAUAUUGUCGGUUUCGACAUCGUGGAUGUCAUUGAUCCAUCAGUUCCUAUUUACCCGCGUAUUCAGCAUGUCAAUUCAUGGGGACACGGGUGGGUCGACCUAAUUCCGACUAUUGGUAUUACCACCCUCUUUGGGCGUGGAUUUGGAGAUCUUAUACGCGCCGACGAGCCUUAUUUGAUCUGCCCAAGCUGGAGAUCUGUUCCAGUAGGAAAAGACUAUCUUGCUGCAUCCAUAUCAACAAUGCAGAUGCUCCAUGAGAAACGUCUGCUUAGGAUGGAGCCGGGCCUCAUUGGAGGUGAACUGACUAAGAAGAUUACUUGGGUAGCGGCAAAAGAAGCAUCUCUGCAUUGCAAGUGCCUCAAGGGGCAAGGUAGUGGUGAGGCCCAAACUGCUGGCGCAGAGUGCAAUCACAACCCUGUCCAAUUCCUUGCGAAAAGAUGGUGGUCCCGUACUAUACCGCAUGGCUUGAAGCCUGUGCAGCUAGGGUAUCUUGACCCUGAAGGGGCUGUGAUCUUUGGUCACACUGUUCUGGGACUAAGAACUGGAGAGAGACUGGCACCAAAACAGGCAGACGACGAUGGUGGUGCAUCGACAACCAGCGGCGAGCAGACUCAAGAUGCUUCAACAACUGGCUCAGUCGUAAGUCAGACGACAUCCAUUACUGUCCCCAGUGUUGGCCAUUCCAUCCAGGACGCGGGAAGUUCUCAGCAGAGUUUGGAUAGUACAAGUAACGGGACAAUUGAGGGUAAGAAGAAGAGAUGGUCAAAAUUCAAGGAUUGGGUCAAAAGAUGA